ACCUUUGGAAUCCAACCGCUCCUGACGAUAGCUCAGAUUCCCAGAUCGCCCCCAAAAGUCCAAAAAACAUAAAAAUAAUAAUAAUAAAAUAAAAUAAAAUAAAAACAUCUGCGUAUAAAUCUUGUUUCCAACAGUUGUUGUUCUCACUGAGAUCACCGCGGUCUUCCUCGUUCAAUCAAAGCAGAAAAUGGAGGGGUCUGUUUUCACUCCUGCAUUGGAAGGAAUUAAGCUCGCAAAGUCAGAACAAGGAGAAAUUCUGACCCAACCUUUCUUGGAUGCUUGCAAACAUAUACUGCCUGUUAUAGAUAAGUUUGGAGCAGCUAUGACCCUUGUUAAAUCUGACAUAGGGGGUAACAUAUCGAGAUUGGAAUCUAAAUAUUCCUCCAAUCCAACCAGAUUUAACUACCUGUACAGUUUGGUACAAGCGGAGGUUGAAACUAAAACGACUAAGUCGUCAUCCAGUUGUACCAAUGGACUUCUUUGGCUUACAAGGGCAAUGGAUUUCUUGGUGGCGUUGUUCCAAAACUUAAUUGAGCAUGCAGAUUGGUCAAUGUCACAAGCCUGUACAGAUUCCUAUAACAAGACUCUAAAGAAGUGGCAUGGCUGGCUUGCUAGUUCAAGCUUCACUGUAGCAAUGAAGCUUGCUCCUGAUAGGAAGAAAUUCAUGGAGGUGAUACAAGGCACUGCCGAUAUCACUGCUGAUAUAGAGAAAUUUUGUACUGACUUUUCUCCUCUCCUUGAAGAGAAUCACAAAUUUCUGGCUCGAUUGGGCUUGGAUGACAUGAAGGCUUCAUGAAACAUGGUUUCAAGAUCAGAAGUCUUUUGAUGAACUCCUCUUUGAUUGUGCCCCGUAUUUUAUGUUGAGUCUUUAAACUCCAUGCUUCUGUAUUGGCAACAAUCAACAUGAUAAACAAUCACUGACUUAAUCAUGUACGCAAAUUACUUGUUUUCUGCAUGGUGGUAUAGAAUCUUGGGACUUUGAUGUGGUUAGUCUGUAUUUAACCAAGAUAAUUUUUGCUUGUUAAUUCCUCAAAGGCUGUUCUGCAUUUAUUAUAGAAUUAUUCAACGUGUUGCUGUGCAUUUGUUUCACUUUUUUGUGAUCAUUU